CUCUGGUAGUCGCAGGCGGUGGUUAUAUCCUUCUCCAUUGGCUCAAGAAACGGAGGAAGAUGAUCAAUCAACGUGCACCGCGCACUCCCAGUCCUGAAAUGGACGAAUAUGUGGGAGGUGGCCGACCCAGUGGAGCGCAUGCGAGCUCUCCGGACGCAAGAUAUACGCACAAGUCGGAAGAUGCAUACGGAGAGUCUUUCCAGCAGACCCUUUGGCCUGCGUCUGCUCAGCCCUCGGAGUUGAUUGCUUCGACGAUGGGUGAGCGGUCGCGGGUGCAUUCGCGGAUUCAGUCGCGUAUCAGUCUUCACAUCAGUCCGCCUACGAGUCCACCUACGAGUCCACCUACGAGUCCACCUACGAGUCCACUUAUGAAUGAGGGACAGCCUGUUUACGGGGACCCUGCUGUAAGUCAGGGGUUGGGCCAUCCUAGGGCUUCGGCUAUGGUAUCACCCCUGGGAUCAGAAUACACGGGCGAUGAGACGAACCGGUCGUCCAACUGGGGGUCCCGCAUCAGUGGGUGCGACGAGUCUAGAGUGGUGUCCGGGAUGAGGCACUAUGGGGAAGAGGGUAGCCCAUGUGAUGUGCAGGCGGAUGAGCAUUUAAGGUCGCCGGCUAGCGCGCCGAGCAGUUCUGUCUAUGAGCUUUCAGAGCUCUCUGCAUAGCCGACACAUGAUUACGAAGGGUUGUUGAAACAACAGAGCUGUUGGAUG